AUGUGCGAGCACGGUGAGACGACACGGCGAGAUCACGCGGAGCAGGAAGAGGACGCGGCGGAACAAACGGAGCCCACGGCGGCCCGCCGCCAGCGCCCACGAAGCCCAUUCCCGCAGGCAGCGGCCGAUCUGAGCGCGCCGGGGAUCCAACAGGAUUGUGGGGCAGGAGCGCGGCGAGAGGAACGACGGGAGCAGCGCGAGGAGCUGAUGGUGACGCCGACCCCGCACGCGAGCGACGAAGCUCCUUCUCCACGUCAUCAAGCCUGUCCAGAAGACGGCUCUCCAUUGCGGACGGCGCUGGACGCGCUUUUCCGCCGCGACCGUAACCUCCCCGCCUCCCGCGAUGCCCCCGACCACUUGCGUCUGAACGCACCGGCGACUGCUGGCGAGACCGGCCCCGCUGACGCGGGCGGUCAGGGGAACGGACCACGCGACGAGGAGAGUCAAGCCGUGGACGCUUCGAGGGGCGUGGCGACCGCGGAGGCGAUCGAGGACGGGACGAUUGGCGUACGGGCGAACGGUGACGAGAAUGAUGGCGAGCAGGCGAACGAUGGCGGCGUGACCGGCGAUCAUGCGAACGACUCCGAGACGCCACGCGACGAGGCGAACGCGGCGACCGCGGGCCGGCGUGAUGACCUUCCCUGCGGCUCCCCCGCCUAUCGUCGCGAUUCACAGACUAACGUCGGCGAGGGGAAUGCUCCUGGUGCGCCGCAUCCACUUCGCCGGAGCGCACGGCGGAUGCCACGCGAGCAGGCUCCGGCUGAGGCAGGGAUCGGCCCCCGCGCGAGGUCAGGGCGCGCUGCUGAUCUUCGAAACGGCGGCCGAUCAGAUCCGCAUACGCCGGCGGCUCGACAGGCACGCUCGCGGCAGGGCGCGCAGGAGGAAGCGGGCGGGGAGCGUGAUCGCUCUCUGCGUUUGCACCAAGGCAGGAGCUCCAGGGGAACCCAUCGGCAUGUCGGGAGGAGGGCGCGCGGACACUCGGCGGCCGACAGGUCGGCGGAAGAUCAGCAGGCCGCGGGAGGGAUGCUGCGGGACGCGGGGGGAGAGCACGCGGAGGGGGACCGGAAAACGUCCUUGUGCAUGUCUGUACCUUGCUCGGAUCUAAUACACGGACCGCUUGAGAGAGAGAGAGAGAGAGAGAGAGAGAGAGAGAGAGAGAGAGAGAGAGAGAGAGAGAGAGAGAGAGAGAGGAGAGAGAGAGAGAGAGAGAGAGAGGGAGAGAGAGAGAGAGAGAGAGAGAGAGAGAGAGAGAGAGAUGCUAACGAGAUCUGGUAA